UGGUAACUGUUUAUGGGGCUAAACCUCCCUUAUCUUUUGUUUUUCUGCAUGUACCGUUUGAAAAGCAGCUGAAGAGCAACACGCAAUACUUUGGCCCCAGCUGGCAUAGAAUAGGAAGGCAGGAGCACUGAAAGCAGACAACCCAUGUUCAUCUCCGUUGAAUCGGGUGCUCAUUCAUUUAACUAGUGGCACAGUAGAACCAGAUGUGCUCCGAGCUUAGGCAAGAAUGUUGACAAGGAGGAAACAAUGAGAAACAAAAAUGCUGCGGACUUGAUCAGGGAGCAGUGGAAGGGUAGUUGGAAAUUUGUUUCAAUACACCGGCACCCGAAACCCCAUGAUACUGCUCCCUUCAAAGGAGGCUGCAAAUUACAAAUGUGAACCACGUUGCUUGCCUGAGCAAGCUGGGCUGUGGCGGUGUCAUUCCCACCACUUCAUUCUUCUCACAGAGCCAUGGGUACCUCUCAGGACAAUUGGCACAAGCACUAAAAUGCCAAGGACAAGAGAAAGCUCUACCACAAGAAGCAAAAAUAUGAGCUGGGACACCCUGCUGCCAACACUAAGACUGGCCCUGGUCAUACACAUGGUCCGCAUGUGGGGAGGCAACAGGAAUCACCGAGCCUUGAGGCUGGACUUGGGCAACGUCUCCUGGGGCUCGGAGUGUUAUAUGCACAAAACAAGGAUUAUUGAUGCUGUCCACAAUACGUCCAGCAAUGAACCGGUCUGUACCAGACCCUAGCCGAGAACUGCAUGGUGCUCACCGACAGCACAGCGUACCGACAGUGGUAUCAGUCCCAUUAUGCACUGCCCCUGGGCUGCAAGAAGAGGAAGAGAUUUUAAACCAAAAUGAUCCAAGAAAGUUCACAAGAAAUAUGAUAAAGGAAAAGUCUUCUAGAGGAGCAGUUCCCAGGGCAAGCUUCUUGCACACACUGCUCCAAGGCCAGGCCACUGUGGGCAAGCAGAUGGCUUGUGUUCCAGCGCAAGGAGCUGGAGUUCUAUCUGAGCAGGCCUGGUGUCCUCACAAGACAAGACUCCCAGGAUGCACCUGCACAGAGAACAGUGUGUGUGCGCGCGGACACAGCGAGAGGACGGCCGGCCAUCUGCAAGAAGAGAAAGGCCUCUGGAGGAACCAACCCUGCUGGCAACUGGAUCUUAGAUACACCAGCCCCCGGCACUAUGAGAAAAUAAAUGUUAUUUGUUUUGUAAGUACAACUGCUCAUUUCAUGCAAUUAUCUUACAAGUUGGGCAACACGCAUCCGUUGACCUGUUUCAGUGUGGGCACCACAGUCACGUUCCGGGACCGCCACACCAUCACAGCACGUCGCAACACCAAGAGCAGCGAGGCAGUGUCUCCCAGCUGCUGCUGACACCUCAGGCAUCUUGUUUUCUUAACAUUACUAUGGCUAUUUUUUUACAUUUUUCAGAUAAAAAUCUCAUAAUAUUGUGACAGAGUUAAAUUAACCAUAAUCAG